AUCGAACGCUGUAGCUCUUCAUCCCUCUACUCACUUCCCAAGAUAACUGCGAUUUUCUCUUAUAAAUCUCUUCUCCAUCCUCGAAAUAAACCAUUCAGUCGGUCAAUCCUCGCCAAACUCUCGCUGCACGUACUGCGCAUGCACUGUGGCUGAACGUUAUCCGUAUCGUGUUACAUGUCUAACUGCGGCACAAUUUUGACCAUCUCGUCCGGCAACUGGCUUUAGGACUCAGCAGGACGAUGGGUAUCUGAACAGACAUCGCAUUCGUUAUUUCCUGCCAGCUGUGGGACUAGAUUGGCAGAUAGCGGAAUCCACAGGAACACAAUAAUCAGACUAUUAACAGUCGAGAAAAUCUCCGACUUUGAGAGUGAUGGAAUUAGCCCAGUUACCCUUGGUGCGAGCUCUUGAGUUCACGGGUUUCGAAGGAGAGUAGGAGGGUCGGGAAGCACCACACCCGCUUGCCGAGUUGCUUUAGCAUCUUGUUCGACCAUCACUAGGCCCGACGAGGUUAGCGGCCAUGUGGAGAAAACGUGCAAAUUAAGUUAUUUAUUGGAUGUAAGGCGGAUGCUUGCGCGCACCGCAGAAGACAUCGUGGGCGCACAAAACGUGGUAAACAUGCCGUCGACAGCUUAUGGGACAAUUGGAAACGCCCCGAACUCUUCCUUUCUCUUCCUCUCUCGUCGCACGGGGAUGUACAUCAACAGUUCACUGGUUGAAGCUCGACAAGAAUUAUCAGGGCCUGAAGUACCAGAUACCAAAACGGCCGUAUACCAGCUUUUGGCAAUAGGGCUUUUCUGGAUCCUCUCUAAGAUUCCGACACUUUGGGCUUACCUCCAACUUCUAUUCAAUAUCCCUCCGGAAUGGCCCAUGCGAGUAUUCCCGUCGUUGAACAGUUACAUCAAGUCGCAUCCUUAUUCCUGCCUGAGUUAUGCCAGCAUCGUGUUUUUCGGCCCUAUGACCUUCGCCAUACCUCCGGUCGUAUUACAAGAUCUCACAGUCCACAUUCUUCUCAAUUUAACCUAUCUUUCUCAUGGAAUGGCCUCCGACCGCCCGUUGGCCAGGUACUACCAUAGUUCAAGUUCAACGUAUGUUCUGGCGUUCGCACCUGCAAUAUGUAGAUUCGAAGUCGUCUUCUCCUGGUUGGAAAACGCGGCUUCGGUCUAUAACCAGUGGACGACAAACCACAUGCCGCUGAUCAUAUUACGAUUACUGGCUGCUGCGCUUAGCGUGUAUAUCGUUCUUGGCCUAUUGUGGUUAUGGACAUGAACAAACUGGGUUUUUUUUAAUUAUCAACGCACUCUUUGUAGAAUUUGUCCAUAUGUUUGGGUUUGAUGUUGUAGAUCCCUUCAUGAUGCAAGUACAUAGGCUUCUUGGCAAUCGGGG